CCUCUUCAUAUAAUUGUCUGGCCAGUUUUUUCAGCUCUGGAUAACUACACACCUAGAAAUCAGCUACAAUGACUACCCAACCAGAACACCAUCUUGUAUCUGCGACUGAUAACUCGAAAUUGCCAUUUUCAGAGCAGCACUACUUUUCUUCCUACGACCAUUUUGGCAUCCAUGAAGAAAUGUUGAAAGACAAAGUUCGUACUUUGUCCUACAGAGAUGCUAUUUUUCACAAUAAGCAUUUGUUCAAAGACAAGAUUGUUUUGGAUGUUGGUUGUGGAACUGGUAUUUUGUCAAUGUUUGCUGCAAGAGCUGGUGCUAAACAUGUUAUAGCUGUUGACAUGUCAAAUAUUAUCGAAAUGGCCGAGAAAAUCGUUGAUUUGAAUGGAUUCAGUGACAAGAUUACUUUGUUGCGAGGAAAAUUAGAAGAUGUCGAAUUGCCUUAUCCUGAAGUUGAUAUAAUUAUUUCCGAAUGGAUGGGUUACUUCUUGCUUUAUGAAUCUAUGUUGGAUACUGUCUUGAUAGCUAGAGACAGAUAUCUUAAAAAGGGUGGUUUGAUUUUCCCUGACAAGGCUUCAAUUCGCAUAGCUGCUAUUGAAGAUGCUCAAUACAAAGAAGAAAAGAUUGAAUAUUGGAAUGAUGUUUACGGGUUUGAUUUCACUCCAUUUAUUAAUGUGGCAAUGGUUGAACCAUUGGUUGAUACAGUUGAAUCAAGAUCCCAGGUAACUAACUCUGCAGAAUUGAUAAAAUUUAAUUUAAACACUGUUCAAAUUAAAGAUUUGGCAUUCCACAGAAAGUUCUCUCUUACUUGUGAAAGAACUGACUUUAUUCAUGCUUGGAUUGUUUGGUUUGACAUGGAAUUUCCUUCUGAUAGACAAGAAAACAAAAUUACAUUUUCAACAAGUCCCCAUGACCCCUACACUCACUGGAAACAAACUGUUUUUUACCUUAAUCAGGUUUUAAAUGUCAGAAGAGGUGAAAAGAUUGUUGGUUCAUUAGCUUCAAGACCAAACAAAAUAAACCCAAGAGAACUAGACAUUGAAAUUAGCUGGGACCAUAAAACACAAAGUAACAGAGCCAAGAAAGGUAAAUUCAACUAUUUCUUGCGUUAGUUUUUUCAGUUGUUUUUUUUUUUGGUUUUUUUUUGUUUGAC